CGCGGCGCGACGGCGCCAUUUCCUCCCGGCGGGGCAGAGCGGGGGCCGAUGGCCGCGCAGGAGACGCUCAGCCAGACCACCCGGCUGGCCUCCUCCAGCGCUUUGCUGCAGGUGCUGUUCCGGGUGGUCACCUUCGGGCUGAACGCGUUCACUCUGCGCUACCUCUCCAGAGAGCUGAUCGGCGUGGUCAACGUGAGGCUAACUCUACUGUAUUCAACAGUUGUCUUCCUAGCCAGAGAGGCAUUUCGCAGAGCUUGUUUGAGUGGAAGUACAAAGCGAAACUGGACCAAAACAAUUAAUCUACUGUGGCUGACAGUCCCUCUUGGUGUUUUUUGGUCUAUUUGCUUGGGCUUAGUCUGGCUACACUUGCUUGAAGUACCUGAUCCUUCUGUGGUUCCUCAUUAUCAGGCUGGUGUAGUGGCAUUUGGUCUUUCUGCAAUUAUUGAACUUCUGGGAGAACCGUUCUGGGUUUUAGCACAAGCUCAUUUGUUUGUGAGACUUAAGGUAAUUGCUGAAAGCCUUUCAGUAGUGUCAAAAUGCAUUUUGACGGUUAUUUUAGUGGUCCUUUAUCCUCAGUGGGGCCUCUACAUUUUUUCCUUGGCUCAGCUUUUAUAUGUCAGUGUUCUGGUAAUGUGCUAUGUAAUUUACUUUGUGAUGUUUUUGGGGUCUCCUGAAGCAACAAAGAAGUCAUUUCCCAUUACUAGAAUGAAAGCACUGCUGCCUAACUUGGUGGAAGAUGAGACCUUUGUUAACUGGAAGGAAGCACGGUUGACUUGGAGUUUCUUCAAACAAUCGUUCUUGAAACAAAUUUUGACAGAAGGUGAACGAUAUGUGAUGACUUUUUUGAACGUGUUAAAUUUUGGAGAUCAGGGUGUAUACGAUAUCGUGAAUAAUCUUGGUUCACUGGUGGCCAGGUUUAUCUUUUUGCCUAUUGAGGAGAGUUUUUAUGUCUUUUUUGCUAAAGUGUUGGAAAGAGGGAAGAAUGUAAAGGAUCAGAAGCAGGAUGAUGUUGCUAUGGCUGCAAAUGUAUUAGAAUUGCUGUUGAAACUUGUGCUUCUGAUCGGCCUUACCAUCACGGUUUUUGGCUAUGCCUAUUCACAGCUGGCUCUGGAUAUUUAUGGGGGCUCAAUGCUCAGUUCUGGAACAGGUCCAGAUCUCCUCCGAUGUUACUCUUUAUAUGUCCUAUUUCUUGCUAUCAAUGGAGUAACAGAAUGUUUUACAUUUGCUUUGAUGUGCAAAGAGGAGGUAGACAGGUACAAUUUUGUUAUGCUGGCCUUGUCCUUCACAUUUCUAUGCAUCUCUUAUUUCUUGACCCACUGGCAUGGCAGUAUAGGCUUUAUCCUUGCCAACUGCUUUAACAUGGGUAUUCGAAUAGCUCACAGCAUCCACUAUAUCUAUGAUUACUUCAAAGAAAGCACUUACAGACCUUUGAGAGGCUUACUUCCCUCACCAUUUUUGGUACUCAUUUAUAUCAUAAGUGGAGUAAUCACUGGUUUCUCAGAGGUAUUCUUCUGCUGCGAUAAGGGUUGGAUGGGAAGGCUGAUUCACAUCAGCAUGGGGGCUCUGUGCUUUGCAGCAACCAUCAUUACUAUGUUCUGCACAGAGACAAAGCUGAUCCACUUUGUCAGAAGCCAGUUCCUCUCCCGGUAUAUGAAGAAAGGAACAUGAAAUGCUUGUGUGCAGAAUGGUUCUUGUACAUGCUUACAGUAAAGGGCUGUAUUUUUUUUGCAUAAGAUCUGUAUGGAAAAAGGUUUCCAUGUGUGUUUAUCAGAAGCAUUGAUAUUGGAGUGGCAAUGUAAAAGGUAGCCAACUGAAUAUUAAUCUUUUAAAUUGGUCAGUACACUGAAAGAAAUUUUCUCUUUGUGCAUCAUUCUUUUCUAAGGUUUUCUUCAAACAGCCUCUUUGGUAAUGGAUGAAGAUCUAAGAUACACCCUUCUGACAUAACUUAGUUGACAGACUUCACGGAGAGAGCUCCCAUUCUUACCUAUGAGGAGUAUACAUAUGAAGGCAUCAUAUGGCUUCUAUCUUAAGAUGUAAUUAAGAAUGCCCUUGUUUGGCAUGGUGGGCUGCUUAACUGGUUAGAAAAUAAGUGGUCUGUCAAAAAAACCCAACAACCCCCCAAAAAAAAGCAUUAAAAAAAAAGCUGAAGAAAACCCUAGAGCCAGGACCAAUAGCAAUAUAACUGUUACGGAAGUAAACAUAAUGCAGGGCAGAGAUUGAGUUGUCAGUGUUUCGAAGUGUAAAGCGGUGAACAGAAAGUUCUGACGUUUACAAGUAAAUUAAUGGAACACACAGCAUGUGUCCGUGCUAGCUAUGUAAGGUUAUUUCAUUCAGCACAUCAUUUAUUUAUGAGGGUAUUGAUUAACUCAUCAAAAAUACUCCAGAGCCUUAGCUAGAAGAAAAAAGGGUUUUUGAGCAGUUUUACAGGAGGUGUUAAAUACAGUCACACUGAGGCUGAAGUUCCAGAUGUUUAAUCACAAAACUUCUUUCUUUCACUUCAUUGUUUGUUUUUAUCUGAGAUUUAAAAUGCCAGUGGAAACAAAUUUGUCUCAAUAAAAGGAUUUUAUCUUGUCUGUGAAAUCGAAUGUUAAGACUUCUUUCAAGGAUUUAUGCAUAUUGAAACUUUCAUUAUGGUAGAAAAUGCUUCAUUUUAUUACAACCAGUUUUCCUCAUGUCUUGUUCUUUUACUUGUUCAAUCUUAACCUUUGUAUUGAUAUUUUUUUAAUUGUUGAAAAUUUGGACAUUUGGAAGUUGUAAAAUUAGAUGUUAGGCUGCUGUUUUAGGUUGACUAAUGGUAUAUUUUAUUGGUGAUCUAAGAUCUGAAUUUGGCAAUUUCAGAAUGCACAAGUGGGAGGUUUAUAAUGAUCAGUGUUCCCUUUGCAGUGUCUGGAUGGACCAAAAAAUGUCAAGUGAUGAAAAAUGUGUGCUCAGACAUGCACAGUCGAAAGCUUUUAGUUUAAUUAUGUAGCAACUCCGCAGAUCUUCAGACCACUUAAAAAAAUACUUCACUGUAAUGGCAUUGUGGAGUUCAUCCUGGUAACCAUAGUUCACAGUGUGAAAUGCUUUCUGGUAUCGGUGUCUUCAGUUUGGUACUGUUAGAGACAUUUUCUAAACUCUGGUAAUUUUUGCUUGGAAAAUACUGCCAGAGAUAUUUGGUGAUUGAAAAAUUAUCACAGAGAAGCCAAAUGUAGUAACAGUGGGAGAGAAAGGUGCACUUCCUCAGCUAGUGGUGGUGUCCCCACUGCAUGGCUGGAAGGCAGUAGAUAGAGGCUUGUUGAUUCUUCUGAAGUUGUUAUGAUAUCUAUUAAAAUAAAACAAACUCUACGUUAUUCUGUCCUGUUAAGUAAAUUUAGUAGUUCUUUAAAUUUUUCUCUUUUGAGCUUUCUUGCAGCUUUUUUCUCGUUCCUAUCAGUUAUAGAGUUUGUUAUGAAGUACAGCUGCAUAUAUUGCAGAGGGUUGAAACUUGUUAUAAAUUGUCAAUGUCAACAGUUUCUUUUCCUUGUUUGUAAUUAAAAAAAAAAAACCAAGACAGUUGAACUUAUGGACUCUUUAGGGUCUGUUUCUUUCUGUAUGACUUUGGGACCUUACUGUGGGAAUGUCUCAAUCUGUACAGUGAAUUUUAAUAACUAUUUGGAAUGAGAAAUUUUGUAUAGCCCUGCACUCACAGUGCUUCUGAGACCGAAGAACUUUUCAUACAAAAUGAGCUUGAAGUCAUGCUGUCUCGUGUAGUUUUACCAUCCCAGCUGUACAGUGAUAUUACUUCUGCUGCUAUUGUCAUAAAUAGGGUGAUGUGAGAUCUCACUGUUCAAAUAGCGAACUGUCUAUUCACAUAAAUCUUUUUUAACAUAAAUGCUGUGUUUGUAUUUAAAGAGAAGUUAAAUUUUUAAAAUAAUUUUGAUUUCAUAUUGGAAAGGCUUAUAAAUAUCUCUUGCAUCUGAACAAGUGAAAAUGCAAUUUCAUACGAAUCAGGAAGACAUAUAAGGUGACUUAAUCGUUGCUUAUUUGCAAAUUAAGGAUACGUUCCUCUUUUAAACUUGAUCUGUAAGCAGCUCAGUGAUGGUUGGCUGGGUUUUGUGUUGAUUUUGUUUUUUAAAUUUAUUUUCUGUGGCAGGAAAUGGCAAGGAGGGACAGGAAGUACAGACCUACAAAGCUGUCUCCUGGUUUCUUACUUAUCUGUGUGAUCCUUAAUGUAAAAGCUGUUAAUGGCUUUAUAAAGAAGCAAACUCUGUCGAGCUCAGGGACAAAGUUGAGAUUGAACUUGAACAAAUUUCCCUUUUGUUUACAGUUCUGUCAGUCUGUCAAAGGCACAAUGGGAUGCUUCUCUAUAAAUUUCAUGAAGCUGUUUUGCAGUGUUCUUCUGAAAGCCUUUAGUUCAAGCCAAAGGAGAAUUAAACUUUUCUUUGGAGAAAACAUUAUGAUUUCAUACGUAUUGAUGUGGUUUGUUUUGGUUUUUUAAUAGUUGGAUGAAUGACAUUCAAACAACUGUAAGAUACAAUAGUUAUGUAAUAGGAUAAAACUGAAUAAAAUUUAUUUCCCUUA